AUGUUCCUUCUGAGCUUGCUACCCGACAUACAAAGUCUUUCAGAUGAACAAAUGAGCGCCUUUAGAAUAAAAGUAUUGAUUCUUCUAGAAGAAAUUAAAAAACCAACGUCUUCAGUAAUCCAGUCACAGCUGCGCCAAUAUAGAGACUAUUUUCCAAUUCCCUCCGUUAAUUCCCAUACUCCACUGGUCCCAUCCAUACCUUCUCCAAUGAAUUAUUCCACCGACUCACAAGUUUUCUCUGGGUAUUCACAACCACAAGCUUUAACACUGACCCCUAUUAAUUAUUCCCAAAAUAUUAACGAUUUUGAAGAUUUUGCAAUAGAAUAA